AUGGUUGAUAAUCUAUCUUGCCCCGUUUGGGAAUAUGAUGAUAUCACCCAAUGUACUAAAGAUGACAUUCUUAAUUAUAAGAUGUUAUUAAUACCAUUGGUUGGUUCAUUCGUUCUUUUAUCUUUUAAAUCCUUACAAAGUUUAUCAAAGAAAUCCCAUAAAAUUGAAAUUGUAGAAGAAAACAGACCUUUAUUAGCUUCUAAUAAUACUACUAAAUAUACUGAUGAUAAUGAAGACAAUGAAAUAUAUGAUGGUGCAUCUAUGAAAGCCAAACAUUUUGAUUUAACCAAAUUGGAAAAUUUAGACAGUGAAGGCAAACCUCAUGGUGAAUCCAUUAUAGUAGGUAAAAAUACUUACGAAAGGUUAAGAAUAUGUGUUGAAUAUUUGUUAGUAGUUUUGCAAUUUAUUGUAUCAGUUUCAAUGUUUUUUAUCAAAGAUUUCUCCCAAGAAUUCAAUUUUAAUCAAAAAUUGACCAAAUCAUUAUUUUGGGGUUAUUUAUUCAUUAUUGGAACUUUUAGAAUCAUUAACAUUAAUCAAGUUAAAAUCAAAUUACCAAGUUUAUUUGCUCAUUCUACUUUAUUAUAUAGUUUUAACGUUAUUCCAGCAAUUAUUAUCUUCAGAUCGGUGUUAAUCGGACAUAUUACAGACAGAGUUAUUAAGAAUUAUUAUAUCUUGAACUUCAUCGUAAGUGUUACAUUGUUCAUUUCAAAUAUUACUGCUGAAGUUGGUGAUAAACCAGCUACUGUUUAUAUCACUAGUGAUGGAGCCAUUCCAUCUCCUGAAAGUACUACUUCAAUUUUUUCCUUUGUCAUCUAUUCAUGGAUUGAUAAAUUAAUUUGGAAAGGUUACAAAACUACCAUCAAUGAAAAAGAUGUUUGGAGUUUAAUGGAAAGUGAUUAUGCUUUAAAUGUAUUGAAAGGUUUUGAAGCUGCGAAAACUACUUCAAGAUUCGCUAUCAAAGUAUUUGCCCAUUUUAAAGGGUUAUUCGCAUUACAAGCCGGUUAUGCUAUUAUUGAAUCUUUCCUUGUUUUUACUCCAACUUUAUUAUUGAAACAUGUUUUAGAAUAUGUUGCUGAUCCAACCUCAAUGCCAAAAAAUGUCGCUUGGACUUUAGUUAUAUUAAUGUCCUUCUGUAAGGUCAUUGAUUCUUUAACUUCAGGUUGUUCAUUAUUCAUCGGUAGAAGAGUUUGUUGUAGAAUCAAAGCUGUUAUUAUCGGUGAGGUUUAUGCCAAAGCUUUAAGAAGAAAGAUUACUGUUUCAAAUUAUGAUGGUAAUGAUAAAGAUGACGAUAAAAAAGAUGAUGACGAUAAAAAGGAUAACAAGGAUAAAGAUGAAAAAACUACUGCUGAAUUAGGUGCCAUUAUCAAUUUAAUGGCCAUCGAUGCUUUCAAAGUUUCUGAAGUUUGUGGUUAUUUACAUUUCUUUAGUGGUUCUAUUUUCAUGAUUUUCCUUUGUCUUUACUUAUUAUAUGAUUUAAUCGGUUGGAGUGCUUGGGCUGGUGCUUUAGUUAUUUUUGCUGUUUUACCAAUCAAUUAUAAACUUGCUAUCUGGUUAGGUGAUUUACAAAAGAAUAUGUUAGCUAUUACUGAUAAAAGAAUUCAAAAAUUGAAUGAAACUUUACAAAGUAUUAGAAUUAUCAAAUUCUUCGCUUGGGAAAAGAAUUUCUUUGAAGAUGUUAUGGAAUUAAGAAAUCAAGAAUUGAAGAAAUUAGCCUUGAGAUAUUUAUCAUGGGCUUUUGGUUCAGUUAUUUGGUUCACUACUCCAACUUUAAUUACUUUAGUUUCAUUUUAUUGUUAUGUUAUCAUUGAAGGUAAUACUUUAACUGCGCCAAUUGCUUUCACUGCUUUAUCAUUAUUUACCUUAUUAAGAGGUCCAUUAGAUCAAUUAGCUGAUAUGACUGCUUUAGUUAUUCAAUCUAAAGUUUCUUUGGAUAGAGUUGGUGAUUUCUUAGCUGAACCUGAAACUUCAAAAUAUGAACAAUUAACUUCUCAACCAGGUCCAAAUUCUCCAAAAAUUGGUUUUGAAAAUGCUACAUUUGCAUGGAACAAAUCCGAAGCCAAUUCUUUCAAAUUAAGAGAUAUCAAUGUUGAAUUCAAAGAAGGUAAAUUAAAUGUUAUCUUUGGUGCUACUGGUUCAGGUAAAACUUCUUUAUUAUUAGCUUUAUUAGGUGAAAUGGAUUUAAUUGAAGGUAAAGUUUUCUUACCAGGUUUCUUACCAAGAGAUGAUUUAGUUGUCGAUAAAGAAACUGGUUUAACUGAUUCUGUUGCUUAUUGUGCCCAAUCUGCUUGGUUAUUAAAUGAUACCAUUAGAGGUAAUAUUCUUUUUGGUGCUCCAUUCAAUCAAGAUCGUUAUGAUGAAGUUAUUGAUGCUUGUGGAUUAACUAGAGAUUUACAAAUUUUAUCUGCUGGUGAUCAAACUGAAAUUGGUGAAAAAGGUAUUACUUUGUCUGGUGGUCAAAAACAAAGAGUCUCUUUAGCAAGAGCUUUAUAUUCUAAUUCUAAAACUAUCAUUUUAGAUGAUUGUUUAUCAGCUGUCGAUUCUCAUACUGCUUUAUGGAUUUAUGAAAAUUGUAUUUCAGGUCCUGUUAUGGAUAACAGAACUUGUAUUUUAGUUUCUCAUAAUGUUGCUUUAACUGUUCAAAAUGCUGAUUGGAUUAUUAUGAUGGAAAAUGGUAGAAUCAAAGAUCAAAAUACUGCUGAAAAAUUAUUAGCUUCAGGUAUUUUAGGUACUGAUGAUUUAGUUAAAUCAUCAGUAUUAAAUUCCAGAAAUCAAUCAUCUUCAGAUUUAACUAAAGCUGAUAAAAACAGUGAUUUGAAAGCUAAAUCUGCUGUUAUCGAAGCUAAACUUCAAGCUUUUACUGAUUCCAAUGCUACUGAAGCUGACGAUAAAGAUCUUGCCACUAAAACUGAUGGGAAAUUGAUUGAGGAAGAAGAAAGAGCUGAAGGUGCUGUUUCUUCAACUGUUUAUACUGGUUAUUUGAGUUUCUUUGGUGGUUAUUUCACAUGGAUUGGUCUUUGUGCUGUUUUCUUAUUAGCUCAAGGUAUUUAUAUUUUACAAUCUUGGUGGUUAAGAAAAUGGGCCAUGCAAAGUGAACAAGCUACUAUGAUUAAAUCUGUUAUUACUAAUUUCAGUGGAUCUCCUACUGCAUUCGGUAUCAAAAGCAAUUUUGUUGUUCAAUCAAUGAUUCAAGUCAAGAAUUCUGUUGAUCAAUUAGCUGCUGAACAUCCUCCAAUUUAUUAUAUCAUUAUUUAUGGUGUUAUUGGUUUCCUUUAUGCAUUCGUUUCUUCGGCUAAAGUUCUUAUCACUUUCUUUGCUGGUAUCAGAGCUUCCAAUAAAAUGUUUAUUAAAGUCUUACAAUCUGUUCUUAAUGCUAGAUUAAGAUUUUUUGAUAAAACUCCUAUUGGUCGUAUUAUGAAUAGAUUUUCAAAAGAUAUUGAAGCUGUUGACCAAGAAUUAACUCCAUUUGCCGAAUAUACUUUUGCUUGUCUUGUUACCUGUGGUUCAACAUUAUUCUUAAUUACUUUCAUUACCCCAGGAUUCUUGAUUUUUGCUUUCUUCAUUGCUUUAAUCUACUACCUUAUUGGUGUUUUAUAUAUCUCAUUAACUAGAGAGUUGAAAAGAUUCGAAUCUGUUACCAAAUCACCAAUCCAUCAACAUUUCUCCGAAUCAUUAGCUGGUAUUGCUACCAUUAGAGCUUAUGGUGUUGAAUCAAGAUUCAUGAGACAAAACAUCAAUAAAAUCGAUGCUAACAACAAACCUUUCUUCUACUUAUGGGUAGCUAAUAGAUGGUUAGCUUUACGUAUUGAUGCUGCUGGUGCUUUGGUCACUUUAUGUGCUGGUAUUUUUGUUUUAUUAUCUGUUGAUUAUUUGGAUGCUGGUUUAGCCGGUUUAUCUUUAACUUACGCUAUUGCUUUCAGUGAAAGUGCUUUAUGGAUUGUCAGGCUUUACUCCAAUUUGGAAAUGAACAUGAAUUCUGUUGAAAGAUUACAAGAAUAUUUUGAAAUCGAUCAAGAACCUCCACAUGAAAUUCCUGAAACUGAACCAAGAGCUUCAUGGCCAGAAAAUGGUGAAAUUGAAGUUGAAGAUGUUUCUUUGAGAUAUGCUCCUGAAUUACCAAGAGUCAUCAAAAAUAUUUCAUUCCAUGUCAAACCAAAGAAUAAAAUUGGUAUCGUUGGUAGAACAGGUGCCGGAAAAUCAACUAUUAUUACUGCAUUUUUCAGAUUCUUAGAUCCUGAAACUGGUAAAAUCUUAAUUGAUGGUGUCGAUAUUUGUAAGAUUGGUUUAAGAAAUUUGAGACAAGCUAUUACUAUUAUUCCUCAAGAUCCAACUUUAUUCACCGGUACUAUUAAAACUAAUUUAGAUCCAUUCGGUGAAUUCACCGAUAAACAAAUGUUUGAAGCUUUAAGAAGAGUCAAUCUUGUUUCUUCUAAUGAAUUAUCAUCGUCCCCAGCAUCACAAUCAUUGACUGAAAAUAGAAAUCAAUUCUUGGAUCUUAAUUCUCAAGUUAGUGAAGGAGGUUCUAAUUUAUCUCAAGGUCAAAGACAAUUGAUGUGUUUAGCCAGAUCAUUAUUAAGAAAUCCAAAGGUUAUUCUUUUAGAUGAAGCAACUGCUUCCAUUGAUUAUGAAUCUGAUGCUUUAAUUCAACAAACAAUUAGAGAAGAAUUUUCUAAUUCAACUAUUUUAACUAUUGCCCAUAGAUUAAGAUCAAUUAUUGAUUAUGAUAAAAUCUUGGUUAUGGAUGCCGGUAAAGUAGUGGAAUAUGAUGAUCCUUAUACUUUAAUUGCCAAUAAAGAUAGUUUAUUCCAUAGUAUGUGUGACAAUAGUGGUGAAUUAGAUACUUUAAUUAAGUUAGCUAAAGAAGCUUUUGUUACCAAGAAGAAUACUAAGUAA